GACAUUUCACAUUAUGACAGUUAACGAAUAACGAACGUCCAAACCAUUUUUAUUUACAUUUUACGAACCGCUUGUUUUUAAGUUAAAAUCUAUAAUAUUGUGUUCAAAAUAGAUCAAUAACAAUACUUAAAUAUGAAAAGGAUUUGUAUGUUACUUGCUUUUGCGUCUUGCAUAAUCGAAAUUUCAGCGAUAUGGUGCUAUCAAUGUACAUCUGCAAUACCAGGAUGCCAUGAGCCAUUUAACUGGAGAGGUGUAGGCUACUUGGGCAAACCGUGCCCAGACAAUGAAGACAUUUGUGUCAAACUUAUUGAGAGAAAAGGAGCGCAAAGGGUGAUAACAAGAGACUGUCUAAGUAACUUCAAAGCAUUCAGAACAGACAUUCCAGCAGAUACAUAUGAAGGCUGCAGAGCCGCAGCAAAGGAUGAGAACCUCGCUCACUAUGUGAACAAUACUAUUAAGGAACUUGAUAUUAAAAGAAACUGGUAUGAUGAAACAACAUGGUGCUUCUGUUUCCUCGACCACAGGUGUAACAAUGCUACAUUCAAUUCAAACUCAGUGCUUUUAUUAACAAUAUCUUUAUUUUUCUUAUUCAUAAGUAAAAUGUUUUGAUAUUCAACACACUACAGAAUAAUUCAUAAUUAUAAAAUAGACAAUUUUGCUCAGAUCAGUGAUUCAGACAUUUUAGAGCCUUGUGCAUUUAUUCCAAAAUAUUUUAGAACUAGACUUAAUAGAUCUAUAUAAUUGUUGAAGAAUCUCUUUUAUACAUUUAGUUUUAAGUAAUUAAUACAAAUAAAAAACACAGUAAAUAAGGCAUUUUCUAUAAUUGUUACGUUAAUAGUUAAUACCUACAUAGGAAGUUUAACCAACCUAUUUUAAAUAUCUUUGGUUAAUGAAGGGAUUCAAUUACUCACACAUUGUAAAACUUGAUAUAUGACUGUUAUUUCAAUUAAGAAGAUGCAGUCAGAAAAAAAAAAUAUAAUUCAAUGAAAUUUUACAUUCUUUAUACUUUUUAAAUGUAUUUUUUUUAUAUUAUUACUUAAAAUUUAUUACAUUGAUAACAUGAUUGUCAAAACUUAUACUGUGCAUUUAUUAAAUAAAGCAGUGGUAAUGGCUUAUACAUUGAUGUAUAAAAAUAGCGCAAAGUAAUAGGUAACAGUGAUAAGAGACAUAUUUUAUAAUGUUCCGUCCAAUUAUAUGCGUCCGUCCUAGGCAUAAUUAGUUAUCUAAGUGUGACCUGAUAUUUUAAUUUUAUACUUGAAAUAAAAAUGUUUCGAAUA